AUGCAUCCGUCAGACCAUGUCUCGUUUGCGUCCGUGCACGGGCGGGAACCUUUCCAAACCCACCGUGUGCCACAUCCCUAUGAUCCCAGCACAUCAAUCGACCAAAUGAUGUGGCCUGACCACUGUGUUGCAGGAACAAGAGGCUCUCAGAUGCAUGCACGAAUUCAAGCAGCGCUAGAUGCUCGCUGUACUUCUGGCGUUCCUGUUCACUACGUGCAUAAGGGCACAGACAAGCGCAUUGAUAGCUACUCUGGCUUUGCAUGUGCGAAUUACGUACAGUUCACGGAAUUGGCGUCCAUAUUGCAUCGAGCGCGCGAGCCGAUAUCCACGGUUGUCGUGUGUGGCUUGGCCACAGAUUAUUGCGUUUGCCACACAGCGGUUGACGCUGCCAAGUUUGGCUUCCGGACGCUUGUUCUGGAGGACUGCGUCCGUGGCGUGGAUGCGUCAUCGACGGCGCAUGCAUACAAGGUCAUGCAGCAGUACCAAGUGGCUGUCGUACCUGUAUGUACAAGUUGGAAACUCUACAUAUCCUAG